AUGACAACAUCAGAGAGCACAACAACUGCUAUCGUUCAUGAAGCUAUAAAUGAAGAAUACGAGUACAUACAAUAUAACAAACAGUUACGUCUCAUUCGUUCAGUCAAAGAUGAUAUGUACCAAAUGCAAAGUAUUUUGACAGCAUGUUAUGCUCCAGAUACUAAGAAACCACAAGACUGGUUUAGGAACCAAAGCACUAUUGAACUAUUAAAUGAAGCUGAAAAUUCGACUACGGAUUUUCUCGUAGUCGCAAAAACUCGAGUAAGUAAAAAACCGCAGUCGCCAAAACUCUAUGAAAAUCGUGAAGAACAGCGAGACCGACUUUUUUCGGGGUCGCCAAAACUCUAUGAAAAUCGUGAAAAAUUGCCAAACGGUUUGAGAGGAUAUUAUGUACAUAGACUUCUCGUAAAUGCUGUAGCAAUGUGGGCUUCUCCUCGUUAUGCAUGGCAUGUUUACAGACUUCUUGACGAAAUUCAUAGACAAGAACGUGAAGAGAUGGAAAACAAGCUUGAAUCCAAAGACAAAAGCAUUCAGAAAAGAAUACCACGUUCAGUACCAAAAGGAAAGGAAAAGAGUUAUAAGUAUAUGAUAUAUACUGAAGAGUUGGAAAAUGAAGAAGAUAAAGAUAUGGUUAUGUUACAUUUAGUCAGAAGAAACAACAAAAGCUUUUACGACCUUGCUAAGAUAUAUAAAUCUGACAGAAACUGGUUCUAUCGUGAAAACUUACCGAUUUCAAUGACACCGAAUGAGCAAAUAAAGGAAAUUGUCAAAAAUACUCUUCCUCAAACACACUAUGACAUCAAAGGUUGUACAAUACUUACCUUCAAAGAAGACUUACCAUUACUGAAGGAAAAAAUAACAGAGUAUUUCGAUAACUUCAAAGAGGAAGAAUGA